ACUGCUGAGAAAGAGUUCCUUCGAUUUAAAGUGGGAGUGAUCUGAAAUUCACAUCCGCAUGUUUGGACUCACUUUUUUUUCCUUCACUCCGGUGAUUUCCUCUGAGGAGACGAAGCUGCCCUGCCUGAGUGACUGACUGACUAUCUGACUGAAUGACUAUCUGACUGACUGACUGACACCCGCGGUGUCUGCCCAGACGCAGAAUCCGUGUGAAGAAGGAGCACGAUGAUCCCAGUGGCAGAACUCAAGAGCUUCUCCCAACCCAACGCACAGUUUCUGGUGCUCAAGCCGUGGUGGGAUGUUUUCUCCGAGUACCUGUGCGUCACCAUGCUUAUGAUUGGAGUCUUCGGAUGCACCCUGCAUCUCACCCAAGAGAAGAUCUCCUGUCUCCCUAGCCACUUCACCAGCCCGACCCCCGAGGUCAUCAACUGCAGCCACGUCCGCAACUACAGGGACAAUGAGACGUCACAGAGCACACCAGUCAGACCAGCCAACCCCAUCAUUACAGAAGUGUUUGGACACAAGAACAACCUGGACUUUCACCAGUACGUCUUUGUCAACAUUUAUUGCUAUGAACACUCUGUCCACUGGUUUGCAAAGUACUUCCCUUACCUUGUUGUGAUUCACACCCUGAUCUUUAUGGUGGCGAGCAGCUUUUGGUUCAAGUUCCCUGGUACAUCUUCUAAAAUUGACCUGUUUGUCAACAUUCUGGGGAAGUGCUUUGACUCGCCAUGGACCACAAGGGCAAUCAGUGAAGUUUCUGAGGAACGAGGAGAAGAGAAUUUGGUUAUUUUGAGAAAUAACACCAUGUCAAAAGAUUUUGGAGAGCGACGAGUGAAUGAAGAGGAGAAUGUAGGGCUUCUUCGUUCUGCUUCCGUCAAGUCUAACCCUGACAAGAAGGUCUCGGAUUCUCAGUCUCCUGCUUCUGUCUUGGACAAGAAGGAAGGAGAGCAGGCCAAAGCUCUUUUUGAAAAGGUGAAGAAGUUUCGCACUCAUGUGGAGGAGGCAGACAUUUUGUAUCACAUGUAUGUUCUGCAAACAUCACUAAAAGUUUUCAAGUUCCUUGUCAUCAUCAUUUACACUGCAGUCCUAGUACCAAACAUUGAAAUUGUCGUGCGAUGCCACGUUCCUCCUGAGCUGACUGGAUUUGAUAUCUAUUGCUGCAACCAAAACAAAGCCCACCUCUUCUCCAAACUUGCCUACGCCUAUAUCUGCUUUGUGGGAGUGUAUGGCCUUAUGUGCAUCUACACCCUUUACUGGCUGUUUCAUCGACCACUGAGGGAGUACUCCUUUGAUCACGUCAGAUUUGAGACCGGCAUUAAUGACAUACCAGAUGUAAAAAAUGAUUUUGCGUUUCUCUUCCACCUUGUGGACCAGUAUGAUGCUCUUUAUCCCAAAAGGUUUGCUAUUUUUCUCUCUGAAGUCAGCGAGAGCCGCCUCCACCAGCUCAACCUAAACCAUCAGUGGACGACCAAAAAACUGCGUACCCGCCUCGCCAAAAACUCCAGCAACAACACAGAGCUUCACCUGUCAAGGCUUCCUGGGCUUCCCGACACCGUCUUUGAACUUCCUGAAGUCCAGUCCCUGAAACUAGAGCAAAUUAGUAACAUCACUAUCCCGGCAAGUGUGGCAAAGCUGGAGCUCUUGCAGGAACUAUCGCUGAUCUACUGUACUGCAAAGCUCCAACAGUCUGCCUUGAACCACUUCAGAGGCCAUUUGAAGAUUCUACAUCUGACUUUUGAGAGCUCAGAGGAGAUCCCUUUGUGGAUCUACAGCCUUCAGAGUCUGGAGGAGUUGUAUCUGUCUGGCCCUUUAACCAACGACGUUUCCAAGAGUCCAUCUCUGGAGUCACUGCGAGAACUCCGAGCUCUGAGAGUCCUCUAUCUGCGCUCCAAUCUCCGAAAGAUUCCCCCCAGUGUUGGGGAUGUUGCUUCAAAGUUACAGAAGCUGUGCAUCCACAACGACGGCUUCAAGAUCCAGGUCUUUAGUGGCUUGAAGAAGCUCAGCACCCUGGUGUCUUUGGAGUUAGUGGCCUGUGAUCUUGAACGCAUCCCAAGUGCUGUCUUUAGCCUCAGCAACCUUGAAGAGCUGGACCUGAAGGAAAACAAACUGAACACUGUGGAAGAGAUUCUGAGCCUACAGCACUGCCGGCGCCUAGUGACACUCCGACUGUGGCACAACAAAAUUACCUACAUUCCAGAUCACAUCAGUAAGCUGCGCACCUUAGAGACUCUCGACCUCAGCUGGAACAAGCUACAAAAUCUGCCCUCUCGGCUCUUUCACUGCACUAAGCUGAGGCAUCUCGAUGUCUCCCACAACGAGCUCACCUGUUUGCCCCCCGAGGUGAGCAUCCUUCAGGGUCUUCAGUUCUUCUCUGCUGCCUUUAACUCCCUGGAAUCACUGCCGGAGGAGCUGUUCUCCUGCAAAAAAUUAAAAACACUCAAUCUUGGCAACAACCGCUUAUCGUAUCUCAGCCACAGAGUGGCCAACCUUCCCCAAUUGGUCCGACUAGAUGUCAAAGGGAACCGCCUGGAGUCUUUACCUGUGGAGAUAGGGGACUGUCCACUGCUUAAAUCCAGUGGGUUGAUGGCUGAGGACAGUUUGUUGGAUCAGCUGCCCUCAGACCUACGAGACAAGCUGACUGAAGGAUGACAGUGUGGAGACGAGGACGUUACUGACUCUUCUCAGAAGAAGAUGUUUGUCCAGAAACUGCAUGAGUGUUUCCUCAGGGAAGCCCAGGAUUACCUGAAAUACAGACAGAAAAAGAGUAACUAUAAGAGAACCUGGAAGAAACUUUGUGUUAUCCAUGGAUGUGAGGGAGUUCAAGAAAAAAACUUCAAGUGCUUUUACAGAUAUGUUUUUUUCAUCUAGUGUCACUGGUGCAGAUGACCGAAAUGGGUAAUGCUUUCUUUUACAGUACAGUACUUACAGGGUAUUUAAGUGGUAAUUUCAUGGUACCUUUGUUGUAACCAUUGGGUACUUAAUAAUAAUAAUAAUAAUAAUUGAUACUUCAUUAAUCCUAGAGAAGAGAAGCUAGUCUAUGAACUGCAGACUAGCCGCGCUAGGGGGGGACAGCUGUCUGGGGAGAGCGGGAUUGAUCCGCCAGUCCUUUGGUUGUUGGACGACCUGCUCCACCGCCUGAGCUAAACUGCCGCCCCAGUGGUACUUGAUUUGUAUUAAGGUACUGCUAUUUGGCUUAUACUUACCCGGUACCUACUGAUCAUUUAUGUUGAAUCAAUUGCACAUUUUUGUACAUAUUUCUAACAGAAACAGUAGAUUUUCCUUCAAGUCCCUAAAUUUUCAUGAAUCUUUGUAUUAUUAGGUAGUAGAAGACAUGACCACUUUUAGGGUCUCCAUGUUAAACAUCAAGUUCAAACAACCAUGUUUUUCCUUUCUGUGCUCCUCAAGUCAUGCAAAAACCUUUGGAAAUAAGCUAAAUGGUCACAAUUAAUAACAAUGUUAGAACUUUGAGUUCACCAGUACCAACAUCCUUUAUGAAUAGAAGACAAAUAUGGAAAUAUCUGCGAAGUGACCAUUUAGAGGUUUUCCACAGUAAGCCGUUUUUUCUUUUUUGUUCACAAGAAAUGGUUUAUGUCCCCAGGAAGAAAAAAAAA